AUGGCAACCAGCCCAGACAAACCUCCCACAUGGCAACCAGCCCAGCCAAACCUCCCACAUGGCAACCAGCCCAGACAAACCUCCCACAUGGCAACCAGCCCAGACAAACCUCCCACAUGGCAACCAGCCCAGCCAAACCUCCCACAUGGCAGCCAGCCCAGCCAAACCUCCCACAUGGCAGCCAGUCCAGACAAACCUCCCACAUGGCAACCAGCCCAGACAAACCUCCCACAUGGCAACCAGCCCAGACAAACCUCCCACAUGGCAGCCAGCCCAGCCAAACCUCCCACAUGGCAACCAGCCCAGCCAAACCUCCCACAUGGCAGCCAGCCCAGCCAAACCUCCCACAUGGCAACCAGCCCAGCCAAACCUCCCACAUGGCAACCAGCCCAGCCAAACCUCCCACAUGGCAACCAGCCCAGCCAAACCUCCCACAUGGCAACCAGCCCAGCCAAACCUCCCACAUGGCAACCAGCCCAGCCAAACCUCCCACAUGACAGCCAGCCCAGCCAAACCUCCCACAUGGCAACCAGCCCAGCCAAUCCUCCCACAUGGCAACCAGCCCAGCCAAACCUCCCACAUGGCAACCAGCCCAGCCAAACCUCCCACAUGGCAGCCAGUCCAGACAAACCUCCCACAUGGCAGCCAGCCCAGACAAACCUCCCACAUGGCAGCCAGCCCAGACAAACCUCCCACAUGGCAGCCAGUCCAGACAAACCUCCCACAUGGCAGCCAGCCCAGCCAAACCUCCCACAUGGCAGCCAGCCCAGCCAAACCUCCCACAUGGCAACCAGCCCAGACAAACCUCCCACAUGGCAACCAGCCCAGCCAAACCUCCCACAUGGCAGCCAGCCCAGCCAAACCUCCCACAUGGCAACCAGCCCAGCCAAACCUCCCACAUGGCAACCAGCCCAGCCAAACCUCCCACAUGGCAGCCAGCCCAGACAAACCUCCCACAUGGCAGCCAGCCCAGCCAAACCUCCCACAUGGCAGCCAGUCCAGCCAAACCUCCCACAUGGCAGCCAGCCCAGCCAAACCUCCCACAUGGCAACCAGCCCAGACAAACCUCCCACAUGGCAACCAGCCCAGCCAAACCUCCCACAUGGCAGCCAGCCCAGCCAAACCUCCCACAUGGCAGCCAGCCCAGACAAACCUCCCACAUGGCAGCCAGCCCAGCCAAACCUCCCACAUGGCAACCAGCCCAGCCAAACCUCCCACAUGGCAGCCAGCCCAGCCAAACCUCCCACAUGGCAACCAGCCCAGCCAAACCUCCCACAUGGCAGCCAGUCCAGACAAACCUCCCACAUGACAGCCAGCCCAGACAAACCUCCCACAUGGCAACCAGCCCAGCCAAACCUCCCACAUGGCAACCAGCCCAGCCAAACCUCCCACAUGGCAACCAGCCCAGCCAAACCUCCCACAUGGCAACCAGCCCAGCCAAACCUCCCACAUGGCAGCCAGUCCAGACAAACCUCCCACAUGGCAGCCAGCCCAGACAAACCUCCCACAUGGCAGCCAGCCCAGACAAACCUCCCACAUGGCAGCCAGUCCAGACAAACCUCCCACAUGGCAGCCAGCCCAGCCAAACCUCCCACAUGGCAGCCAGCCCAGCCAAACCUCCCACAUGGCAACCAGCCCAGACAAACCUCCCACAUGGCAACCAGCCCAGCCAAACCUCCCACAUGGCAGCCAGCCCAGCCAAACCUCCCACAUGGCAACCAGCCCAGCCAAACCUCCCACAUGGCAACCAGCCCAGCCAAACCUCCCACAUGGCAGCCAGCCCAGAUAAACCUCCCACAUGGCAGCCAGCCCAGACAAACCUCCCACAUGGCAGCCAGUCCAGCCAAACCUCCCACAUGGCAGCCAGCCCAGCCAAACCUCCCACAUGGCAACCAGCCCAGACAAACCUCCCACAUGGCAACCAGCCCAGCCAAACCUCCCACAUGGCAGCCAGCCCAGCCAAACCUCCCACAUGGCAGCCAGCCCAGACAAACCUCCCACAUGGCAGCCAGCCCAGACAAACCUCCCACAUGGCAGCCAGUCCAGACAAACCUCCCACCCUCCCACAUGGCAGCCAGCCCAGACAAACCUCCCACAUGGCAGCCAGCCCAGACAAACCUCCCACAUGGCAGCCAGCCCAGACAAACCUCCCACAUGGCAGCCAGGCUCCAUAGAGGGCAUCACAACCCUCCCUGGUGA